AUGGAGCUGACACAAAAUAAGGACAGCUCUAGCCUAAGAGAAACAGAGAGCUCCUUGGACAUUUUUAGUUCAAAAUUACUAGAUCAUUCUUACUGUAAAAAUUCUCUCAAAAAGCCUUCACCAGAAAACACAGGACUGAAAUCAGGGACUCGGAAGGGAGGAAAAAUGGAUAGUCAGAAAACUUCCCAGGUGACUGAUGAGCAGUUGGCAACGUGGCUUUGUGAAUUCCUAGACGAAGUCAUGAAAAAAUAUGGCAGUUUAGUACCACUCUGUGAAAAAGAUGUCUUGGAAAGAUUAAAAGAAGUCUUUAAUGAAGAUUUCUCCCAUAGAAAACCUUUUAUCACCAAGUAUCGGGAAAAACUUCCAAAACCCUCCACUUGCAAUUUCCGGAUCUUCUAUAAUAAGCACAUGCUAGAUAUGGAUGAUUUGGUUACACUGGAAGGCCAGAACUGGCUGAAUGACCAGAUAAUUAAUAUGUAUGGUGAACUUGUAAUGGAUGCAGUCCCUGAAAAAGUUCAUUUCUUUAAAAGUUUUUUUUAUACACAGCUUGUAACCAAAGGAUAUAAUGGGGUAAAACAAUGGACUAAAAAGAACAUUCAACAGUAUUUGCUGACUGAAGCAAAGGAGAAGAAUCACCCCGAGUUCCUUCAAGGUUGGCAGACUGCUGUGACAGAAUACAUUCCACAACAGAAAAAUGACAGUGACUGUGGAGUUUUUGUACUCCAGUACUGCAAGCACCUCACCUUAGAUCAGCCUUUUCAGUUCUCCCAAGAAGAUAUGCCCCAAGUGAGAAAAAGGAUUUACAAGGAGCUGUGUGAACGCCAGCUAAUAGACUAAUA